GAAGAAGCAGACAAAAAACAGAGAACCUCUAGAAAGGAAAGAAAAAGCCCAAAAAGAAAAAAUAAAGGGAAAGGGAAAACGCAACCUCACCUCAACUAAAGUAAAAGGAAGGGAGCUACAGCUAUAGCAGCUCUCUUUGUGCGGUUGUGCCCCCUUCCCCUUCCCCUGCCUCCACCUCACCCAGGAAACCCCACCAUGUCCGCCUCCACCACCUCCUCCUCCUCCUCCUCCGCGCCGCCUCCGCCGUGACCGCCAAUGCCAUCCCCCGCGCCGCCACAAUGCCGCCUCCUUCGCCCCACAACCACCACUCCGCCUCCUCCAGCCUCCGCUGCGGCGAGGACGUCUCGGAUGCUGACGCGAGGAUCUCCGCUCCCUCCCCGGACCCAUCCUCCUCCUCACCGCCCUCUCCCUACCAUUCUCAUCUACCCUCCGACGACGCUGCCGUCGUCGGCCUCAUCGACUCGGAGACCCACCACAUGCCCCGCCGCGACUACCUCCGGCGCUGCCGCGACCGCUCCAUCGACGUCACCGCUCGCCAAGAUUCCAUCAACUGGAUCUUGAGGGUGCAUGCACACUAUCGCUUCCGACCAAUCACCGCCUUCCUCUCCGUCAACUACUUGGACCGUUUCCUCUCCUUCCAUUCUCUCCCCAGGGAGGCAAAUGGGUGGGCGUUUCAGCUGCUAUCGGUGGCGUGCUUGUCGCUGGCGGCGAAAAUGGAGGAACCGGACGUGCCGUUGCUGCUGGACCUCCAAGUGUUCGACCCGAAGUUCGUGUUCGAGCCCAGGACGGUGCAGAGGAUGGAGCUCUGGGUCAUGUCCAAUCUCAAUUGGAGACUCCGCUCCGUCACUCCUUUCGAUUUCCUCCACUCUUUCGUUCCCAAACUACCUUCGCUUUCUUGUCCUCCUUCGUUGCGUCGGGUGUUGUCGGCUUCGUCGGAUCUCAUCGUCAGCACCACCCGGGGGUUUUGUUCCCCUGCUUUGUAUCGUAUCCGGUGUGUCAUUGCAGUGAUCGACUUCUUGGGUUUCACGCCGUCGACGAUAGCGGCGGCCGCCGUGCUCUGCGCCGCCGGCGAGGGCGGCGACGAGCCUCCGGUUUUUCACAGCAGUUUGGACAGGGAGAUGGUGAGAAGCUGUCGCCAACUAAUGGAGGAGUACCUGGUCGACACGUGUCCCUCUGCCACGGUCAAAGUUGCGGAGCCCGAGCCGCCUGCCGCGCCGCCCAGCCCAGUGGGAGUCCUCGACGCGGCUGCUUGCAAGAGCUGCGACACGCGCUCCGACAACAACCCCAGCGCCACCACCAGCCAAGCCGAGCCGCCGCCGCCGCCGCCUCUUCCGCCGCCGAACAAGCGGCUUCGAUUCUCUGCCCCAGAAUCAUCAGAUGUACAGGAACACUAGAUAUAAUGACCACUGCCAGCCAGCACCAGUAGCACCACAACCCCUUCCCCCUCUCUCUCUCUCUAAUAUCAAAAUUUUUUCUUUUUGCCAGGGAGAAAUCGCGAAUUCUUAAUAAAUUCUUUUUCCUUUUCAGUAAUUUGAUUUUCUCAUCAUUAAGGGAUUUAAAAUAGACAGGUAUUCAAGGCCUGGAGGGGGGAGGGGGAAUUGUAGGAAGGAACAGAGAAUUUUGUCGGCAACAUUGACAUUUAUUGUUUUCCAUCAUUGUCACU